GGGAUCGUGCUACCCUUCUAACCAUAUUAAUUGUGUCGUAAAAUGUUUUCCCGCGGAUUUCGAACACGUGACAUAAACACUACACAGUCUUCCUUGCUUUGUUCGGGAAAAGUACAAUACUUGAUUAGUCAUGUCUGAUCCACUUACUCCACGCCGCAGAAGUAAGAGGGGCAGAGGGGAGCCGGAGGGGGACUCACCCACAAUGGAGGAACCUGUCACACCUUCAAGAAGAACAAGAUCUGGCCCAUCCACUCCAUCCUCAACAAGAAGCAGUGGUAGAAAAUCACGUAAAUCUCAGGAUGAGGCCUCCCCUCCAUCUAAGGGUCGACGACUGGACAGUUCUCCAGGAGGAGAUCUGGAACCAAUGCCAUUGUCACCUCAGUCAGGGGGAAUUGGACAGGAAAGGUCCCUGUUUUCCAGUCCCCCCCAAUCAAGACUGGGAGCUCCCACAAGUGAGAUUGACCUUAGUUCCCCUCUGAACUAUGGGACACCAAGUUCAAGAACUGGUGGACCUAUGACCCCAGGAGCUGCAGGGACACCCAUCCGAUCCCGACCUGAUGUUAGAAGUGACCGCAAGAUCCGUCAGGUCACUAUUGGAGGGUCAGACCCCAGUGAACCGACCAGGAUUACCAGUGAAAUAAGUAGCGACCCUAAUGCCGGUCCACAGCUGGUCAUCUGGGGUACUGAUGUGAUGGUUAGUCACUGUAAAGAAAAGUUCAAAAGGUUUAUUUGCAAGUAUGUGGACACUAAUGUUGCGGACGAUGAGCAGUUUGAAGGAAUGGACAUAAGUCAACCAUACUACCUGCAAAGGCUGGAAGAGAUAAGUUUGAUAGGAGAGCCAUUCCUGAACAUCAACUGUGAACAUCUGAAGGAAUUUGAUGCAGACCUUUACAGACAACUGGUUAAUUACCCCCAAGAAGUGAUUCCAACAUUUGAUAUGGCUAUCAAUGAAAUGUUCUUUGAGAAGUUCCCGGACACGACCCUGGAACAUCAGAUUCAAGUUCGGCCAAUGAAUGCUGAUCGGACCAAAAAUAUGAGGUCUCUCAACCCUGAAGACAUUGAUCAGCUGAUCACAAUAGGUGGGAUGGUCAUUAGGGCUAGUUCUCUGAUCCCUGAGAUGAGGGAGGCCUUCUUCAAGUGCUAUGUAUGUGCCAACACUACUUCGGUGGAAAUUGACCGAGGGCGUAUUGCAGAACCUGUCCUCUGUACCAACUGCAACACAAAUCACUCCUUCGCCAUGGUUCACAAUCGAUCCCAGUUUACAGACAAACAGAUGGUCAAACUUCAGGAAUCACCAGAUGACAUGCCUCCAGGUCAAACACCCCACACUGUGGUGUUGUAUGCCCACAAUGAUCUGGUUGACAAAGUCCAGCCUGGAGAUAGAGUGACCGUCACAGGAAUUUACCGAGCCACGCCCCUUAGGGUUAACCCGCGCAUGAGGAAUGUGAAAUCUGUCUACAAGACGCACAUUGAUGUGGUUCACUUUAGAAAGGUUCAUGCGAAGAGACUUCGAGAGGUUGACGAUGAAGGGGAUGGGAAAGAAACUUUGAUCAAUGAAGAAAGAUUACAGAUAAUUAAAGAGUUGUCAAAGAAGCCAGACAUUUAUGAGCGUCUAGCAAGAGCAAUUGCUCCCAGUAUUUAUGAAAAUGAGGACAUCAAGAAAGGAAUCCUAUUACAACUGUUUGGAGGCUGCAGAAAAGAUUUCUCACAUGCUGGCCGUGGAAAAUUCAGAGCAGAAAUGAACAUCUUGCUGUGUGGUGAUCCGGGCACCAGUAAAUCACAGUUGCUUCAGUAUGUGUAUAAUCUGGUUCCGAGAGGCCAGUAUACAUCAGGGAAAGGAUCCAGUGCAGUGGGGUUAACUGCAUACAUCACAAAAGAUCCAGAAACGAGACAAUUGGUUUUACAAACAGGAGCUUUGGUGUUGAGUGAUAAUGGAAUCUGCUGCAUUGACGAGUUUGACAAAAUGAACGACAGCACUAGAUCCGUCUUGCAUGAAGUCAUGGAACAGCAAACUUUGUCCAUUGCCAAAGCUGGGAUCAUUUGCUCGUUGAAUGCGAGAACGUCCAUUUUGGCUGCAGCCAAUCCAGUCGAGUCUCAGUGGAACAAGAACAAGACUAUCACAGAGAACAUCCAGCUUCCCCACACCUUGCUCUCCAGGUUUGAUCUAAUCUUCCUUAUCCUGGACCCACAAGAUGAAAUGUUUGACCGUCGUCUGGGAGGGCAUCUUGUGUCAUUGUAUUUUAAGUCACAGGAAGAUGAGGAGGAUGAAAGCUUGGACAUGAGCAUUUUAAAAGACUACUUAACAUAUGCCAAGAAAUAUGUGCAUCCAAAGAUCAGUGAAGUCGCAGGACAAACUCUGAUAGAGUCCUACGUCAACAUGAGAAAGAUGGGAAGCGGGAGGGGUCAGAUAUCGGCAUAUCCAAGGCAGCUGGAAUCACUGAUCCGAUUAUCGGAGUCUCAUGCCAGAAUGAGGCUCUCUGAGACUGUUGAAGUUGCUGAC